UGGAGUUUGCCUGCGCGCCCGGCCUCUCGGGGCCCCUACCCCCGGGCUCGCCUCUGGACCAGCGACGGCGACUCAAGCCCGAGAGUAUGGUGCCAGCGCCCGGGUUAAUCUAGUUCUCUGCUCGCUCCUUUUUUCCUCCUCCUCCUUGUCUUCCUCCUCCUCCUCUUUCUCCUCCUUCUCUCCCUCCUCCCUUCCCUCCGGUCGGUGCUGCCUCAGGGUUCCCGGCGUGUGGGAGUACAACUCUCUGCCUCUCCGAGGAGACCGGUUUGUGACCACUGAACAGAACUUGCCCAUUGAAAGCAAACGCGGAACAGCUGAAUAAUGUCCACCCCGAGCAGAUUCAAAAAGGACAAAGAGAUCAUAGCCGAGUAUGAAAGUCAAGUCAAAGAAAUUCGAGCUCAACUGGUAGAGCAACAGAAAUGCCUGGAGCAGCAAACAGAGAUGCGAGUUCAGCUUCUCCAGGACCUGCAAGAUUUCUUCCGGAAAAAAGCCGAAAUUGAGACGGAAUAUUCUCGGAACCUAGAGAAGUUAGCAGAAAGGUUCAUGGCCAAAACGAGAAGCACUAAGGAUCAUCAACAGUACAAGAAAGACCAGAACCUGUUGUCUCCAGUGAACUGCUGGUAUUUGCUCCUGAACCAAGUGAGGAGAGAAAGCAAAGACCAUGCCACCUUGAGUGACAUCUAUCUGAACAAUGUGAUUAUGCGGUUCAUGCAGAUCAGUGAGGAUUCCACCAGGAUGUUUAAAAAGAGCAAAGAGAUUGCAUUCCAACUUCAUGAGGAUUUAAUGAAGGUUCUUAAUGAGCUUUAUACGGUGAUGAAAACAUACCAUAUGUAUCAUGCAGAGAGCAUCAGUGCCGAGAGCAAGCUGAAGGAGGCCGAGAAACAAGAGGAGAAGCAAAUUGGGAGAUCUGGUGAUCCAGUCUUCCAUAUUAGACUAGAAGAGAGACACCAGCGGCGAAGCUCCGUGAAGAAAAUUGAAAAAAUGAAAGAAAAGAGACAAGCAAAAUACUCAGAAAAUAAGCUAAAAUCAAUUAAGGCACGGAAUGAGUAUCUUCUAACGCUUGAAGCAACCAAUGCCUCGGUUUUCAAGUAUUAUAUUCAUGAUCUUUCAGAUUUAAUUGAUUGCUGUGAUCUUGGCUACCAUGCAAGUCUGAACAGAGCACUAAGAACAUAUCUCUCUGCGGAAUAUAACCUUGAAACCUCCAGACAUGAAGGCUUAGACAUUAUUGAGAAUGCAGUAGACAAUUUAGAGCCCAGGAGUGAUAAGCAGAGAUUCAUGGAGAUGUACCCUGCUGCAUUCUGUCCACCAAUGAAGUUUGAGUUUCAGUCUCACAUGGGUGAUGAGGUGUGCCAGGUCAGCGCCCAGCAGCCAGUCCAGGCGGAGCUGAUGCUCAGGUACCAACAGCUGCAGUCCCGCCUUGCCACGCUCAAAAUUGAAAAUGAGGAGGUUAAGAAAACAACUGAAGCCACCUUGCAGACUAUACAAGAUAUGGUCACCAUCGAGGACUAUGAUGUGUCUGAAUGCUUCCAGCAUAGUCGCUCCACAGAGUCUGUGAAGUCUACUGUCUCUGAAACCUACCUGAGUAAGCCCAGUAUCGCCAAGAGAAGAGCUAACCAGCAGGAAACGGAACAGUUCUACUUCAUGAAACUGAGAGAAUAUUUGGAAGGCAGUAAUCUCAUCACAAAACUUCAAGCCAAGCAUGACUUGCUGCAGAGGACCCUUGGAGAAGGUCAUAGAGCUGAAUAUAUGACUACAAGGCCUCCAAAUGUUCCCCCUAAGCCCCAGAAACACAGGAAGUCCAGACCCCGCUCACAGUAUAAUGCUAAGUUGUUUAAUGGGGAUUUGGAAACAUUCGUCAAGGACUCAGGGCAGGUUAUCCCCCUCAUUGUGGAAAGCUGUAUUCGGUUCAUCAAUCUCUAUGGUCUUCAGCAUCAGGGGAUUUUCAGAGUGUCUGGUUCCCAGGUGGAAGUCAAUGACAUUAAAAAUUCAUUUGAGAGAGGUGAAAAUCCUUUGGCUGAUGACCAGAGUAACCAUGACAUUAACUCAGUUGCUGGCGUUCUAAAGCUCUAUUUCCGUGGGCUGGAAAACCCCCUCUUUCCUAAGGAAAGAUUUAAUGAUCUGAUUUCUUGUAUCAGAAUAGAUAAUCUCUAUGAGAGGGCGCUGCACAUCCGCAAACUCCUCCUCACCUUGCCCAGGUCGGUCCUGAUAGUGAUGAGGUACCUCUUUGCCUUCCUCAAUCAUCUUUCACAGUACAGUGAUGAGAACAUGAUGGACCCCUAUAACCUGGCCAUUUGCUUUGGCCCAACAUUGAUGCCCGUCCCGGAAAUACAGGAUCAAGUGUCUUGCCAGGCUCACGUGAAUGAAAUUGUCAAAACCAUCAUCAUCCACCAUGAGACUAUUUUCCCAGAUGCAAAAGAGCUGGAUGGCCCUGUUUAUGAGAAAUGUAUGGCUGGCGAUGACUACUGUGACAGCCCAUACAGUGAGCAUGGUACCUUGGAGGAAGUGGACCAAGAUGCUGGGACAGAACCCCACACCAGCGAAGAUGAAUGUGAGCCAAUAGAAGCAAUAGCCAAGUUUGACUACGUGGGGCGCUCUGCCAGAGAACUGUCCUUCAAGAAGGGCGCCUCCCUGCUGCUGUAUCACCGCGCGUCCGAGGACUGGUGGGAAGGCAGGCACAACGGGCUUGACGGGCUUGUGCCCCACCAGUAUAUAGUGGUGCAGGAUAUGGAUGAUACGUUUUCAGACAGUCUGAGCCAAAAAGCUGACAGUGAGGCCAGUAGUGGGCCAGUCACCGAAGACAAGUCCUCAUCCAAGGACAUGAACUCCCCCACAGACCGUCAUUCUGAUGGCUAUUUGGCCAGACAAAGAAAAAGAGGAGAGCCACCCCCUCCAGUAAGGCGUCCUGGCAGGACCAGUGAUGGCCAUUGCCCCCUUCACCCCCCACAUGCCCUUUCCAACUCCUCAGUUGACCUGGGGUCCCCAAGCCUGGCCAGUCACCCCCGGAGCCUGCUGCAGAACCGUGGCCUCAACAAUGACAGUCCCGAGAGGAGGCGCCGGCCCGGCCAUGGCAGCCUGACCAACAUUAGCCGGCACGACUCCCUCAAGAAGAUCGACAGCCCCCCUAUUAGGAGGUCCACAUCGUCAGGACAGUACACGGGCUUCAAUGACCACAAGCCGCUGGACCCAGAGACAAUUGCUCAGGAUAUUGAAGAGACGAUGAACACCGCUUUGAGUGAACUACGAGAGCUGGAGAGACAGAGUACAGCAAAGCAUGCCCCCGAUGUGGUGCUGGAUACCUUGGAACAAGUGAAAAACUCUCCCAUCCCUGCCACGUCCACGGAAUCUCUCAGUCCUUUGCACAACGUCGCCCUCAGGAGCUCUGAGCCUCAGAUUCGACGUAGCACUAGCUCCUCCAGUGACACAAUGAGUACUUUCAAGCCUAUGGUGGCACCUAGAAUGGGCGUGCAGCUGAAGCCCCCAGCCCUUAGGCCAAAACCUGCUGUUCUUCCAAAAACAAACCCCACCAUAGGACCUGCCCCACCUUCCCAGGGUCCAACAGACAAGUCCUGCACGAUGUAAAAAAACCAGCUGAGCAAGGUCAUGAGGGAGGUGAUUUAAAAAAGAAAAUGGAUUAGUGACAAAAGUCAGCGAUCCAUAACUUUCCUUAGUUUUGUGCUUAUAACUGGAGAUCUUUGGCUUUUCUAUGUUGUCGAAUGUAAUGUCUGAGACUAGCUAAAUUAACACGGGCAUUUGUAUUUUGUAAUUUUUUUUAAUAACUGGACAUAUCUUAUGUCAUUUUAAAGACAAUAGAAACACUUAGACUUACUUGAAAAAUCCAAUGCUGCACCACUUGUAAUGAAGGCAACACUGCUCUCCGCAUUGUACAGUGCUUCAGAUUUAGUGUAGCCCAGGUGAGUCAGAAACGUCUUGAUCCGAAGGCAGGAGAAUCCGAAUUCCAGGUCUCAUUGGUCUCAAAACCAGUAUUGGUCUGUGGCACUUGGGGUAAUGGCUGAAAGGUGAUAAUGGCAUUGCUUGGUAGCUGACAAUGAGCACCUCUGAUUCUGUGGAGAGCAGAGGUCCAGCUCCUGCUCAAGACUUGCAGUUGUCACCGUGGGAUGUUCCCAGUGGGACCUUCAGCCCACAGCUUGAGUGCAUUGGAUGAUUGCCUCUUUCCUAACAAUCAUUUCUCUGGGUCCAGGUUAAAUACGCAGUAGAAGGGGGUAGAACCUCUGCAGUUAUUGCUUGAAAUAAACCUGAGAAAGGAGAGGGAGAUACCGUCCCCAAAGCUAUCAAUGUUACUCCUUCCAUGAGCAUGAUCUGGCCUCGGAGAUCUCCAAGUCCCUCCCCUGCAUUUACAAAAGACUAGGACAGUCUAAUUUUAAAGACUUUCUGGUUACACUUCUUCAAAAACCCCUCCCAAGGUUUGUUGUUCGGUAACUGCCUGGAAAAUAUUUCUAUCUCCCCUAAAUCCCUGUAUUCUCCCCUGUGGAAAUAGAGAGAGCAAGUAGCACCCAAGUCCUUGGUUCACUCAGCAUUCUCUUCUGGCUAAAUUACCUUGGUUGCUUUAAACAUGCCACAAAGGCCCGAUGGUCUUAAAUUUGAAAUUCCAACUGUCAUCUCCAUUUGUUUUUGAGCCACCAACCCAGAACUGGCUACGGUACUUGAGUAAGAGCCCUGCUGGGCCAACGUGAGAAGAUUACCUCGAUGUUCCAGGAUGUUUUCCACCCAGUUUUGCACAUGACUUUCUUUCUCUCUUUCUCUCCUACUCCCUUUUUUUUGGUAUGUGGCUCCUAUGUAACUCACGUAGUCAGCUGAGCUCUCAAUUAGGGACCUUCCUUCUCUGGCAUCCUACCACACAGAUAAUUUUUCUUUAACCUGUAUUUACACUACAUUUUCCGUCUAUCUUAAAAAAUUUGCUUUGAAGUCACUUGUUUUUACUAAGGUACAAAUCCCCGUUGUCCUACCAACAGCAUCUGACAUCAUCUGUAGGCCUAGGAACAUUUUAUCUACCUUAUCAUUGAUCUUCCUGAUGAAGAGUUUCUGUUGUUUUGUUUUGGCUUUUCUUUUUUUUUUUUUUUAAGAAAAACGGAUGCCCCAGAACUAACCCCUUUGGACCACCCUUGGUUUCCUUCUAGGUUCGGUUUCAGACUGGCAGCCAGUUGCAUGCCCCUGUGAGAGUUACAGAGUAUGGGCUUUAAUUCAUCAGCCCACUGGUGAGUCCAUCAUGAAGACAUGAGUCAGGACCUGUACUAAAAUCAAGAUCAUUACCUUGAUCUCUACCUCAGUUUCCCAUUCUAAUCAUCCUAUUACAGGAAGAGAUUAAAGUAAUGAGACACUGCUACCUUUCAAAGUCACACUGCUGGUUGCCUGCCUAUGGCCUAAUUUCACAAAUGAAUAGAUUUUUUUUUUCUCAAGUAUUUCCAAGAAUGGUAAACUUUCAAACCUCUGAAUCUUCAGAACCAUCCGUUUUGCCCAUUUUGAAAAAGAGGCCCAGCUCAGCACCCUGUCCAGCCCCUCGCCGCUUCUCCUGAGCGUUAGUGGUCCUUCAGCACCUUCGGACGCCAUGGAGACCCAGUGAGGACUGAGCUUUGAAUAGCACUCGCCCUUUUCAAUAGACCUCCCACAUCCCUCGGAAGUUGAAACUUUCCUAGACAACCUCCCAAUUCUUCAAAAUAAUAAGGCUUCUUGAAAACCAUUUUCCUUCUGUGAUGGAAGAGUAAGACGUUAACAGAGGGCGUGAAAAGGGCAGAGGUGUUUUGAAUCUACUCUUUAAAAUGUCUUUCAAGAGCUUUAGCCUUAGCUUUUCAGAUCUUACUCCUGCCAGCUCGUUCCUUCUGGCUUGUCCCUGGCAUUCCUCCCCCAGGGUCUCCUCUCUUGGGUGUUUCCACCUCGCAUGGAUCGAGGAUUGCCUUUCUCCCCCUCCAAUCAGGACUCUGCUGCCUUGGCUCGCAGGGGCUGUGCUGCUGCAGACCCUCAGAGCCUCAAGGCUGUGCCUUCUUUCAGGAGACAGCUCCUAAUACUCUCCCAUCACUUCCGUACCUCACCUGUGUCCAUCAUUUCUCCCUGUACUUCUGUUUUCAUCUUGAGACUUUUGUUUUUUCAAUUCCAAGUGAAGGGUAUGACCUCAGAGUAAGGACUCAGUAAGGACUCACCUAUCCUUUGUUGAGUAAAAGUCCGCAGAUUCCAGGGAUAAGACAGGGUGGCCCAGUCACAGAGGAGCCACAAUAACACCCAGUAAAGCACAUUAAAAGCUGCUGCAGCUGCGAAGGUUCGCCUGGUACACAGCCUCCUUCACAGCCACAGCUGCAGGACACAGAGGGCAGGGGGAAAGGAAAGAAAAUGAGGCCUUGAGACAUUCUGUCCCCAGCUUCAAGGAUCUUAUCAGUCUUCAUGUGCAGUUUGGGGAGGGGGUCAUUUUGAUGAUGGGUAAAUGAUGGUUCUACAAAGAUUACCUGACUCCACUUAUACAAGAAUAUGUAUUCAUAGCUGAUACAACUGUAUGUUCGUGUCGCAUCCAUAGAACUCACUGAAGUAGAUUUGCCAAGUCAGCCUUUAGAAUUGGGUUGGGGUUUCAGGAGUGGAUUGUUAGGAUAGAGAGGAAGGUACUCAGUACUCAGUUUCUGAUAAGUGUCGUGUAAACUGUUUCAGCCUGUUGACUGGCGCUUUGUAGAGCUCUGUGUUCAUGUUCAGUGUCAACACCAUUGUUCAACAGUUUUACACGUCUUCACACAACGUAAUCUGGCUUUGGUGCCCCUUGAGCCACCUAUAGAAUAAUUUAUAGCAGGGUCCCACUCAGUCUGCAAUGGUCAUGAACAGUUAUCAAUGGCGAUAGAGCUCCAAGUGUCAAAUUGUAUCAGUUAAGAGUUUUCCAUGUUUGCAACUUUUGCCAUUCCCUAAAUGGGUUUAUAAUUUAAUUAAAGAAAAGAAAAAAGGAGGUAGGUUAGUAGUGGUGUCCUUAGCAAUUAGGGAUGACAUAGCUUCUGGAGUCUACAAAGUGAAGAAAGUUUAAUCUGGUCAUUACAGCCUCUGAAAUCCAAAGUUAAAGAGCCUGUGGGUCUGCUGAAGUGGAGUUAGAAGACUUCAGAUUUGGGGUGACACUCAUUUAUUCCUGACCAUAGCAGGGUGAGGCCAUGAAUGCAGGAAAUGGGCUUGGGACUCAGUCUUGCUUUCAGUUAUCCACCACAGAGACCCUGAGACAAAGAGCAGCUUAGAACUGAAGGCUCCACCGUGUGUAAAUGCUCCAGACCACCCUCUGAGCUGAGAACACAACCUCCAGCUGGGCUGGAGUGUCAGGCUUGGUGCAGGGUGACUUUAGAAAAGCUUUGUCAGAUUGAUAAAACAAACUGGAAUUUGAGCUUUCACUUACCCUAGUAUACUUUCUUUAAAAAAAAAAAAUCUAUGUGGUAUAAUCGAGAUGGAUACCUGUAUCUUUAAAUUACAUAGGGAAUUUUGUAUGUUUAAUUGUACUGGGAUCCAUAAUGCUUAUCUUAGAAACUGUUUAGUAAAAGAAACUAUAUAAACCGUGCAUUUGUGAAUGCCCCCCUUAGAGCAUUCAUCCAAGUUCAAUGUGUAGUGUGAUGGUUAUUAUAGAUAUUUAAAGUAUAGUGAGUGGCUGUGUAACAGGAGAGACUGCUAUUUACCUACGUACUUAAGGGUAACUCCUGCCCACGUAUUUAAAUCAGUAUUGUCCUUUCCUGUCGGUUUGAUCAGUUGCAGUACUGGUAGCUUCCUGCUUGUGACUGUUACCUACUCGUGUCAAUGUACAUCUGUAGUAUGUACAUGUGAAAGUGCCUUUCUAUUUUAGAGAAGUUUUAGCCUUGCUCUUGUACCGUCGCCCCGCGCUCCUCCCCGCCCGCCCCUCCUCCCGGUUCCGCCGCCCACCUGAGUGUUUGGAAACUUCCUCUCUCCUGGCUUCUCCGGCCCCUCCAGCCCCGCAUUCCUGUGCCUGGGUGCUCAGUAGUGUCCCGUCCUGCAUCCUCGUCUGUCAUCGGACUGUCUCGUUCUCCUCGUAGACGUGAUUGUGCCUUUCUCGCCGCCCCCCUACCCUGGGUCCUCCCCUCCCCCAUCCAUCCCCCGCUCGCGUGCUGCUGACUGCCACCGUGUCGCCCAGGCUCCGUGCUGCCUCUCACCGCACGUCCCCUCCUCUCUGAGGCGAGAAUCAAGGGGAAUGCUUUUACAGUUCUGGAAGAAAAAAAAAAAAAAAAACAUGUUAAUCUGUUGUGACAAUGCACUUUUAUGUAUAGUACUGUACAUUUUGGCAUGUACCAUUACAGGCUGCGGUAGACAGUCAGGUUUGUUCUUCACGGUGUAUCUUUAUAAUAAAUAAGAUAGUUCUGGCUGCCUUUGUCUGCUUCCAAUUUGAUGUGAUUUUUCUGUGGUGUCUUCGUUCCUUUGCUUUCUCUCAUCACCACUUUCCCCCAGGGAGCUGGGUUGCAUUAAAUCAUGUGAAACUGUUACCUUUUAAAGAAAAAGAAAAUGUUUUUAUCUCAUUUUCAUUUCUGUUCACCCAUUGGAAAAUGGGGCGUCGGCGCAGGGCCCUGCCCAUAAAGCGGUGGUUUUUCAGAGUCAUGGCUGGGGGGCUCGUACGCAGGGACGGAAAAGACAUUGAGAGUCUUGACUGAGAGGCUGAGUACAGUCCUGUCAACGCACACCAGACUGAAAUCUUCCCUUUGAGAAGGACUCCGACAUAACAAACCUUGUCAAGCCAACCUUUGGUUGUAUUUGAACAUAUUGAAAAAUAAUCCUUAAGUAUUGACUACGCUUAGAAUUCCUAUGUAUUGAUUUUUUUCUUCAAAUAU